AUGACCCAGAACAAGAUCUCCAUCCUGGGCAUUACAGACAUCCGGAAAAAAGGGACAGGCGCAAAAGAGAUCCACUCUAACUUUGUCCUCAUUUGGAGUGGGGUAAGAAAAGAACAAAGAGCUGAACACGGUGUGGGUUUCAUCGUACACCCUGACAAAGCAAAGGGAAUAUUGAAUACAGACUUCAUUUCUGAAAGACUCAUCAAAAUCAGCAUUAGAGAGGGCAAAAAGACCAUAAACUACAUUCAGGUGUAUGCACCGUGUAACGACUCCUACUCAGACGAAGAAAAGGACUCUUUCUUUGAACAACUCUCGGACUUAAUUAGCAACAUCCCAGACGAGGAAGACCUUUAUGUAAUGGGAGACUUCAACGGAAGACUCGGAGAGAGAAGAACACCGUGGACAAAACACCUGGGUCCACACAGUGACCACAGAACACCAUGCAAUUAUAACGGCAAUAAUGUAUUGGAACUGUGUGCAGAGCACGACUUAUUCAUCACAAACACCUUCUUCCAGCACAGAGCCUCUCAGAUCUACACCUGGUACAGAUGGAACCUUAUCAUGGUCUCAUCACAAAUCGACUUCAUAUUAACGAGAACACGAAUGUGGAUCACAAUCACAGACUCAAGAGCCAUCCCCAAUGCAGGCCUGGACACAGACCACAGGCCAAUCAUCACAACGUUGACCACCAAGAAAGAAGGAAAACCAAAAAAACACAUAAAAGACAGCAAGAGAGACUAA